AUGGUACAGGUAAGUCCUCAUACAUUAGAAUAGAUAUAGUGUAUUCUAUAUGUCAUAAGAGCUCCCUCUUCUGGUUAUAGCUCAUAUUAAAGGUCCUUUAUAAAAGGUCUUCCGAUCCUUAGCUAAUUUAAAGAUUUAGGCUAAUAUCUUUCUUAGAUUUAAAUAUUGCUUCUUAGUUCUCAAUAUACAGUGGUACCUCAGGUUACAGAUGCUUCAGGUUACAGAUGCUUCAGGUUACAGAUGCUUCAGGUUACAGACUCCACUAACCCAGAAACAUUACCUCCAGUUAAGAACUUUGCUUCAGGAUGAGAACAGAAAUCGUGCUCCGGCGGCAGCGGGAGUACCCCGUUAGCUAAAGUGGUGCUGGUUAAGAACAGUUUCAGGUUAAGAACAGACCUCCAGAACAAAUUAAGUUCUUAACCCGAGGUACCACUGUAUGAUGAUUCUCACUACACCUGAGAGAUGAGUUUGUGUCCUUGGGAUCCCUUUCCCCCAUCCCUCUUUGUUGAGAUGUGAGCUGUGACUUGUUCACAGCUGCGCUGUGCCCUUUGCUGGCGCCCAAGGCUCAUGCACCAGGCAGGACCAGAGGAUUAGCUUGAAGGCUGAACCAAACCCACUGCGCCAGCCCAACCCUCCCUGCCACAGGCACAGAGCAUGGAUGGUUCACGGGGCCACAGUUUGCCACCUGCCUGCCUGCCCACGAAGCGGGGAGCCUGGUCGGGUGGCUGACAGAUGCAGCCCUUGGUGGAUGCAUCACCCCAAUGCUGUCUGGGCAGCCAUUCAGUGAGGGGGCCAGGUGUGCAGCAGCAAGGCCAGGCUGGGCUCCAGGGCCCAGAGACCCCCAGUGGCAGGCAGGAUGGGGAUCCCUGUGUGAGGCACCUGGCUCGCGCCCCCUCAAAAUCAUACACCCAGGGCCACGGCCCUCCCCAUGCUAUGCCACUGCUUUUUGUUGUUUAGUCGUUUAGACUCUUCGUGACCCAAUGGACCAGAGCACGCCAGGCACUCCUGUCUUCUACUGCCUCCCGCAGUUUGGUCAAACUCAUGCUGGUACCUUCGAAAACACUGUCAAACCAUCUCGUCCUCUGUCAUCCCCUUCUCCCUGUGCCCUCCAUCUUUCCCAACAUCAGGGUCUUUUCCAAGGAGUAGUCUCUUCUCAUGAGAUGGCCAAGGUAUUGGAGCCUCAGCUUCACAAUCUGUCCUUCCAGUGAGCACUCAGGGCCGAUUUCCUUAAGAAUGGAUAGGUUUGAUCUUCUUGCAGUCCAUGGGACUCUCAAGAGUUUCCUCCAGCACCAUAAUUCAAAAGCAUCAAUUCUUUGGCGAUCAGCCUUCUUGAUGGUCCAGCUCUCACUUCCAUACAUCACUACUGGGAAAACCAUAGCUUUAACUAUACGGGCCUUUGUCGGCAAGGUGAUGUCUCUGCUUUUUAAGAUGCCGUCUAGGUUUGUCAUUGCUUUUCUCCCAAGAAGCAGGCGUCUUUUAAUUUCAUGACUGCUGUCACCAUCUGCAGUGAUCAUGGAGCCCAAGAAAGUAAAAUCUCUCACUGCCUCCACUUCUUCCCCUUCUAUUUGCUAGGAGGUGAUGGGACCAGUGGCCAUGAUCUUAGUUUUUUUGAUGUUGAGCUUCAGACCAUAUUUUGCAUUCUCCUCUUUCACCCUCAUGAAAAACUUCUUUAAUUCCUCCUCACUUUCUGCCACCAAGGUUGUAGAACUCCUGCUUAUCUCCUCCUCCUCCUUUGCUUUCAAAGGAAUUCUGCUUGCUGGGUUCUGACCAGCUCUUGCUUCUCACUGACUUCUGGCCUAGGCAGAGUAGACCACAACUCUGAUCACCACUGACCAUUGGCCAUGAUAGCUGGGGUUGGCUGGAGGGGGUGUUCAAGGACAUCUGGAGGGCACCAUAACAGAUAAGAACAAAGCAAGGACCUGCUGGACCAAACCAAUGGCCCAUCUAACAUCCUGCUCUCACAUCCGGCUCUCUGGUUUUACGUGGUAUUUUUGUUUGACUAAUAUUGUUUGUUUUAUAUUGUACACAGCUUGGAGAUUUUUAAACUAUUAAGCAGCUGUCAGGGAACUGCCAUCAGCGCCGGAGGGAGAGAGCAAAAGCCAGAGGGAUUAUAGAGAGCCUCCAGGGAUUGGGAGAAGCAGCUCAUCUUCUGGGGAAGAGAAUAAACGCAGCUCCAGUGGAGGGGGCGUGCAGGAGUCAGAAGUGGCAAGGCAGUCCCAUGACUCCUUGCCUGGGACAAGCGGGGAAGGAAGGGGUCCUCCGCUGCCCAUACCCUCUCUGCGCAGAAGGCUUUCGUGCAGAGAGGGAAGGCGGAGACUGGGCGUCAAGGAGCUUCUGUGCUGGAGGAAGUUUAAGAAACGCCCCACUCACAGAUUCUGCCAGCGAUUGAGUCAGCCACGGGUGAGUGGCUCUCCAGACAGAUAAAGUUUACAUUAGCAGCCAGCCAGGGAGAGAUUUGCCUGCUUGCACACGAGCAACCCCUUGGAAACCUAACAGCAGCUUAUCAAUGUUUUUGAAUGAAUGAAUGAAUGACAUUUUGGGCUGGUAUAAGCAUAAAACAGAGAUAGGGAACCUGCAACCAACCAGAUGUCAUUGGUCUGCAACUCCCAACAUCCUUUACUAUUGGCCAGGCUGGCUGAGCCUCAUGGGAGUUGGAGUACCAUGGCCUCUGGAGGGCCACAGGCCUAAAACAAAUUCAAAACAAACCACAUUUUGCUUGUGUCCCUUAACUAGGUCUAUGAACCCUCACUUUCAAAUGUCAAAAGUUUCCACUGCUUGAGGCACAGUUUGACUACCCAUGGUCAAACUAGAACUUGAAUCAAAAUCUCCUUUAAAAGUGCUAAAAUAUAACUGGACAGAAAGCAAGGCCAAAACCUAUAAUAGCAUGUUUCAUAGGAACUUAUUUUGUUGCUGAUCCAUACCUGGCUUCCUGUUGCUGCUUCUCCUCAUUUGCAACUGGGGCAGCUCCAUUAGAGUGAGGCAGCUCCACAUGAGUGGAGAGUGACAUCAAGGCUUCAAAGGACAGGGACACUCUAUCUAUCUAUCUCUCUAUCUAUCUAUCUAUCUAUCUAUCUACCUACCUACCUACCUAUCUAUCUACCUACUGGUAUCUAUCUAUCUAUCCAUCCCACCUGUGAGGAUCUGCCAGGCAGAGGUAUAAGUACCUAGGGUCCCUUGUACCCUUGGCAAGGAGUUCUGCUGAGGCACUCAGAACAGCCUGUGCACUUCACCCAAUCGCCUAGAGCAGUGGAGGAACGGCCUGGGGGGGUGAAGGGGCAGGCUUCUAGCCACUCCAAGCCAGAGUGGAGAGGCACAAUUUUUGCACCCGCUGCACCUGUGCUCUUGCAAGGACCAACCUGGCAAACACCUAGGUAAGUAUCUGCUGCCAGGGAUGGCCACAGGUAACCAAGGUAGCUCUUACCCACUCCUCCAAACUGGAUAUUGAGUUGAGAGGUGUGUGCAUGUGGCCCCACUGAGUACCACAAACAUGAGGUUCUUUGGGAGUUUUUUUAUUUCUAGAGGCAGCUGGUGAUCAAGGUUAUUCUUCUAGCUGUCCCAAUAAAUUGCAGGGAUCAGAGGUGCACAAAGCUUAACUAUUAUUUCCCAUGAUAUUUUUUUAUUUUGCUGUCCUCACAGCUUAGAGGACUUAGCUAGCUGUUUAAGGGUUUUUUAAGUAGGUAGAUUCCACUUCUAUGUGUUUGCUUCUCUAGCAAGAUAGCACAGAAAACACUUAACUGUGCCAGUUACGGUAAAUCUAAAGUAAACAGCAUACAACUCCAUUUCAGCACACAAGGGGGAGCCACACUCCAAAUAAAAUUUUGACUUAUAAUGCACACAAAAAUUUCACCAACAUUUAUAUCUGAACCCUGUAAUAGAAGUGUGCAUUGACUCUGUUUGUUCCCUGAAUUAAGAGAUGAACUUCAGUGAUUCAGGUAAGGUCCUCCUGCUUCCUAGUCAGAUUGCACCAUUCACAAGGCAUCUCAAGAUGUCUCAAAGUUAUUGAGUGUCUCUGUGGUCUGGCUGUCCCUAACAUAAACCUGCUAGUUCCACCGACUCCCAAGAAAUGAAACCAGGCUUACUGGGGAAAAGCUCAGAGCCAAAAAUCUGUGGCAGGGGGCAGAACCCCAACAACAAGCACCCUUGGGUAACAGGGCCAUUGCUGAGGAGUGACAUUCCCCAUUACAGUGGUACCUCUAGUUACAAACUUAAUUUGUUCCGGAGGUCCGUUCUUUACCUGAAACUGUUCUUAACUAGAGGUGUGCUUUCGCUAAUGGGGCCUCUUGCUGCCGCUGCGCCGCCGGCACACGAUUUCCGUUCUUAUCCUGGGGCAAAGUUCUCAACUCGAGGUAACUCUUCCAGGUUAGCGGAGUUUGUAACCUGAGGCGUUUGUAACUCGAGGUACCACUGUAUUUCCUUAGGACCCAUGCUCUUUUUUGCACCUCCACGCAUCCCCUCAAUGCAAACAUCUCACUUCAUGUGAAGCAACCCUAGAUCCGCCCAAAAAUGUGGCACAAGUAGGAAAGAUCUUACACCUUCCAGAGCAACCUCAUCACCUCCUUAGAGAAGACGACUUCAUGUUUUCUGAAUCAUAGCCCUAAGUGCCAAUUAGUAGAAAUACAAUUUGCUGUAUUUACUUCUUAGUAGGGACUGAGAAGAAAUUCGAUUCAGAUCACAUGUAAAAGUUGUAUCUAUCGAAUCUGCAUUUUUCAAAGCAAAAUGAGAACUGAGCCAUCUUUUGAAAUUUUGUGAUGCAGUUCCCCAACUAAAUAAAGUUUACAAAAAUGCACAUAUUAGGUAAAAGUGUGCAUAAAUAUGAAUAUUUUCUUGAAGAUGACAUAUAAAAAGACAUUAUGUUAAGAAAAAUUACUUGCAAAAAUGUGUACAUACAAAAAAAUGUGUUUGUUAGAAAUUCGUACUCAAAUGCCAAAGUUAUUUUGUGAGGAUUAGGAAAAAAAUCAAAUUGCUGUAGAAAUGUGAAGAGCCAAAUUUUAGAUUGGAAAAAAAAUGAGAAAUUGGGAAAUCAAAACUGAUGGACUCUUCUGCUCCCACUUCUAGUGAAUCAGUAAGUUGCAAACAGCAUAUAGCUACAGUGUUUUCUAAGUGAAUUUUCCUGCCAUUCUUUCAUGAAGAGGGCUAUCUUUUAGUGGCACCACCUGUGCUUUGAACGCCUUUGCGUCUCCAGUACUCUUUUGAGUUUGGAAAUUAUAUGCUGAAGGUUCGGUUUUAACUUCUGAAGCGUGACAAUCCAGUCUCACAUUGGACUGAACUUAGGUCAAUAUCUUACGAAAUCAGAUGCAGCCUUCCUUCACCUGGUGCCCUCCAAAUGUUUGGUCUACAACUCCCUUCAUCCUCAGUUUGGAUUGGCUGUGCUGGCUCACUGGGACUGAUGGGAACUGUAGUCCAAAACACCCCAAAGGUACCAGGGGAAGGUUAGUGUAAUGAUUAGUAUGUUGAAGUAGCACUGGGAGGAGACAGGUUCAAACCCCCCUCAGUUAUAAAGCUCACUGAAUGAUCUUGGACCAAUCUCUAUUUCUCAGCCUUCAUUACCUCACAGGGUCAUUGUAAGGAUGAAAUGGGGGAAUAGGGGGUAGGAAAUGUAUACUUCCCUUAGCUCCUUAGGGGAAGGAUGGGCUAUAAAUGAAAUAAAACAUAAGGCAAAGCACUGCAUCUUCUUGUUCUGUAUUUGUGGUAUUCCCAGUGGUUGGCUUCCUAGCAACUAAUUGGAUUUCCAUCCUCGAUGUUUUAAUGAAGUUGCCGCUUUUAUACUUCUAGCUCCUUAUUGAAUGCUCAGGGAAGCCAGCCAGCCUCAAGAAAGCCACCUGGGGAAAGAUACCUACACCUGUUGACGCAUAACAAGCAGUCACAAAUAAAGUGAAACCCAGGAAGGGGGAGACAUUUUAUCAUUGGUGAUUUCCCUCUAGAAACCCCAGGGGAAUUUGGUAAGCUAGGGUGGAACCCUCAGAAUAGAGUUGACUACAGUCUGUACCUGCUGGAGACAAUACUUUAUUUGGACCAUUUCAGAACAGGUAGGAAGAAAUGCUUAAAUUUUGCCUUGUUAGAUGUAUUUUGCUUCUUUGCCCUUUCAGGAAAACGUGUGGCCACUUAGAGAUGACUGCACAUCCAAUGAGCUCAAUACAUUUCUUCCUGGAUUCAUUUGUAAAAGUGCUCUCCUAAAUUAGCGUCGUAAACAAGUUUGUGCAGCUGGUCAGAUGAUAAAUAUUUAGUAUCACAGAAGCUCUGAAUCCUAUAUUGACUUUCUGGGCAACUGUGUUUAUCUCUGUGCAUAUACAGAAAUGCUUACGUUUUAGAUGGUUCAUGCAAGAUUGCUCUAAGCCUUCCCUUUAUCUCCCUUUGUAGUAUGCCAACACUGCUGGAAGGUGCGAUGGACACCUUAAUCAAGGUCUUUCACCAUUACUCAGGAAAAGAAGGGGACAAAUAUAAACUCAAUAAAGGAGAACUCAAGGAGCUCCUCACCAGCGAACUUACUGACUUCCUUUCGGUAAGACAGAGUCAUGGUUAAAUCUUUUUUUCACCGACUGCUUGCUGGACAUGGGGAGGGGGAAUAGCUACUGGAGGAUCCUUGACGAGUAUUUCAUAUGCCGUUUGUUCACCCAGACAUGCAAUUAAGUCUUUUCUGCAACAGCAGCUGUACUGUGUGCAAAAAUAGUUGCUAUAUUUUGCCACAUCCAAGGAAAUGUGCUUUGGUGACCAAGUACUUAGGACCCUUGAUUAUGUUAUUAUUAGAAACCUUUAUCCAAAUAGCUGAAUAUCUAGGCAUUACAACCAAUAUGGUAGAACUCAGUUUGUGCAUUGUGAGCUUCCCUGCCCCCACUGACAUGGAUCAGUGGUGGACAAACUUGGUACAUGAAGACAAGUAAUGGGAUGGGAAAGGUAGGAGAUGCACAGUAGUCAUGGUGAUCCCCAUAGCAAAUGUAAUAUCUAAAUGAAUGGGGAGCUGAUUUUAUUCAUUCACUGGGGAAGAGGCGAUGUUCCUUUUCAAAGUAGAAAAACUGUGUUCCACAGAACACAGCUUCAGUAUUGAAUUAAUGACACAAGUGCACACACUCAACUGUUCUUAGCAAUAAAAGCAAAACUAAUUCUCAGCUGCUAUGUUUUUGCUUAAGAGUUUAAGAAUAUUUCAAGUGCCGUGUUAUUUAGAACAAACUACCUAUCUAGUCUAAGAAUAUGGAAGGCUCACGAAAGUGCUGCAGAAGUGAAUCAUCUGAUUUGUUUUAUUUGUUUAUUUUCCUUUUAUUCUUUACUGGCCGGUCUUCAGCUGCGGCUCUCAAAGCAGCUUACAACAAAUCCACAAAAAUGCAAUAUAGAAAAGAAUCCAGUGCAACAUACAAAUUAGAGCAGAAAACUUAAACGUCCUCUUUGACGUACAGAACAAUUCCUCUGCUGCAUCCUGCCGUUCCUAUAGAGUUUGUAUCCAAAGAUAACCUCAUCCCACUGGCUUUCUCUUCUUUUACCAGGAUUUCUGUUAUGCCCACAAUAGCUGUACUCUUCUUUAAAUCCAAGCAUUCCAGUUCAGCCAUCUUGGCCAGUGUAUUAAUUGUAUUACAUUGCUCAGAGGCAGUAAACCUCUGGUAUCAAAAUAAUGCAAACAGCAAGGGGUGGCUAUACCUUAUUCACUAGGCUAAAGCUGGGACAGAAGGAAGUUGGGUUGGGGUUAUGAGACAGAGAUUCUAUUUUCUUCGAUAGUGACCAUAGGUUCUCUUUGGGAAUGGUUUUAAUGUUAGCUGCACGUGACUCAUACCAUGUACAAUGUACAAAUAGGUAUGGGAAAACUGGUGGGUGAGGGUUUUUUUUACUUGCAUUCCUUUCUCUUGGUUCCUUCUUAGACUGCAUAUACACCAUAUAUUUAAAGCACAUUUCACAUGCAUUACCCUCCCCCAAAGAAUCCUGGGAACUGUAGUUGAAUGGUGAUUGGAACUGUAUCUCCGUGAAGGCAGAUUAGUGUCUGGGGUUUUGAGGGCAAAAUGUGCUUUUGUAUACACAGUCUUACUCACUCUGUCAGCCUCAUAGGCUCUCUCUGCACCAUCUGUGCAGCUGAAUCAUAGCCACAGGGUGCUAUCCCCAACUGCCUCAAGGCAACCUCACCCCUGCCUCUUCGAGUCCUUUCCCUCUUCCCUUCAGACCUAUUCAGCUGCGGCCAUGUCAAGCAUAACAUUAUUUGCCCCAUUCCUUAGUAUGUAAUGCAAUGGUUGAGAAGCAUGCAAAUAGGUCUGAUAUGAGGGUAGGGAUUAGUGUAAUGCAGGCGUAGGCAAACUCGGCCCUCCAGAUGUUUUGGGACUACAACUCCCAUCAUUCUGUUAGCUAGGGAUGAUGGGAGUUGUAGUCCCAAAACAUCUGGAGGGCCGAGUUUGCUUAUGCCUGGUGUAAUGGCUGCCAAUGUCUCAAAGGUACUGAUGCCUCCCCAGAGCAAAUAAUAUUCCCUUAGGCAAAUUAUUAGAAAGAAGAGGCAUUUAAGGCAUUUUUAUUGUGUCUGUAAGCCUAUUUGAACUAUUUCCACGAGUCAAAUGACUAAUAAGUGAUAAUGCCUAGGCGAAAGUUUACAGCAGGGGUGUGCAACCUUUUGGGAGCUGCAUACCAUUGUGGGCAGAGGCGUGAAGUAGGCAGAUCAAUGGAUGUGACUCUUAACUUUGUAAAGUAGGCUACAUAUCACAGUUAAAGGAUGAGAUUCCAACUUGGCAAAAGAACUAAAGGAGAGAGCAGAUCAGGACAGGUGAGCUGUGCUGCUAGGGAGAGCCCCAAGAAUUAGAUGGAGAGGCCUGGUGGUUACUCACCCUUGGUUUAAAGAAAUCUCAAUCGUAAUUUGCUAUCUUCUCCUCCACCUUUCUGGUGGUAUUGCUGUUGACCAUGCUAGUAAGGUGGGCAGAUGGGCAGAAAGAUAGAAUAUGUAGAUCAAAGUGUAUGCUGAUGAAUUUUGGUCUAUGUCUGGAAAUUUUCUUGCUUUUUAAGUGCUUCUUCGGGCCUGAAGCCACAUGCAGUUUUAUUCAUAGGUUGAUUGGAAACUCCUGUGGACUCUAAAUAUAGCUUCCUAUCUAUCCUGAGCAGAGAGGUGGCUGAGAAGAGCUCUCGCUACAGGACACAUUAUCAGUCUUGAUGUGAUUUGUGUUCCUCUAUUUUGUUCCUAAUUUAUAACGCCGCUGAAGUUCUUGUGUUAAAAAAAGAAAGAUCUGAUAUAUAAGUGGCAUCCUGUAGUCUAUUAAUCCUAAGAAAUCUCAUAGUCUUAAAAUUUGGCAGCUCUGCAAAAAGGAAAAGAAAUAAAAAAAGGAACCUGUCAUCAAUUUUCUCGGAUUGGAUUCUCUCUGUCCUGCAUUCCAUCUUAAUAAAAUAUCUCUGUUUGUAGCGACCCAGUCCCCAGAGUAAUCAGCAAGCACUAACUAGAUGUGCUUCAGACUUUUGAAGAUUAAGCAGAAAUCGUGGAUUAUAUCUGGUUUAGGUUGAGUCCACGUUUAGCUUCCUGUGCUCCUAAUUUAGUCCUGGUUUGUAGAGCAUAUUUCACACAUUAGGAUUAAAGCAGCUUUUGCCUCUGUCGGGUUUGUAAUGAUGAUUUUUAAAAACUGUAGGAGCCACAAUGCUAAUUCACAUUGCAAAUUCAUCUUCUACACAAACAACCAUUAUCAUUAGCAUGCAAGAAGCUGAAAACCUCACAUGUGAAAAUGCCCUUGAAAUAAUUUCACUAGUACACAGAAGUUCAUAUAAAUCUAGAAUGCAAGAUACAUAGGGUCGCAGAGCGGUUAUCUAUACAGCUGGUGGUAAUUAGGGUAAAUUCUAGGUUUAGAUUAAUUGGGAUACAGAUACUGGAAAUUACUACAAUAUUUUGAGUUUGGGGAGCUGACUAACAAAACUCGGGUUGCAAUUCUAUACCCACUUGCCUUGGGAGUAAGCUUCAUUGAACUCUAUGGGAUUUAGUUCUGAGUAUACAUAUACUGUAUAGGAUUACCAUCUUCAAAGAUCAAUUCCCUCUUCUCCCUCCUACAUGAGAGAACACCUCUCUGUGCUCUUUGCUUGCAACAUGUGUGUGCGGUCCCUAAAAACAAGAUCCUUUCUUCUUUUGGGGUAUAGCUUUAUUUAUAUGCAGAUAUAACCAGUUUGUUGUCUAAAAUUCAGAUACCUGAUCUACUAAGACAAUACAUUGGAUGAUGGCCCUAGUGGGAAAACAUUGACAUUUAGCUUAUUAAUAAAGUAAACCAUCUACACUAUUAGCAAUAAAUAUCAUGUUGUUCAAAGUUGAGGCACCUCAUAUACCUGCUGCAGACACUGGUAAAUAUCACAGUACAAAUAAGAAAUUCCCUGAGGGUUAAGGACAGUGUAUGCACAUGCCCUCAAGGAAAUAAAAAGAAAUCUCUAAUGUAAUUUAACACACAUCUCAGAAGAUUCUCUAACCAAUAUUGAAAUGUACAUAUCUAUCUAUCUAUCUAUCUAUCUAUCUAUCUAUCUAUCUAUCUAUCUGUUUUUGCCUUUAUAGUGUCAAAAGGAUCCCCAGUUGGUUGAUAAGAUUAUGCAAGAUCUUGAUAGCAAUAAAGACAAUGAAGUGGAUUUUAACGAAUUUGUGGUUCUGGUUGCUGCCUUGACUGUUGCAUGCAAUGAUUUCUUUGAAGAGCAAAUGAGGAAAAGGGGAGAAUAG